GCGGAGCAGCAGGCACCGGGCCACCAGGCGGGGCGGGCAGCAGCACUGGGCCCCCAGGAGGAGCGACAGGUGUCGGGCCCACCAGGCAGAGCGGCAGGCGCCGGACCCCCAGGCGGGGCGACGGGCAUCGGGCCCCCAGGCGGGCGACAGGGGUCGGGCCCCAGGCAGGCAGCGGGGCGGCGGGCCCCCAGGCGGGGCGGCGGGCGCCGGGCCCCCAGGCGGAGCGGCGGGCGCCGGGGCCCCCAGGCGGAGCGACAGGUCUCGGGCCCCCAGGCGGAGCGACAGGUCUCGGGCCCCCAGGCGGAGCGACAGGUACCGAGUCACCAGGCACGACAG